AUGGCUCUUCUGGUUUGGGCCAUUGUCUGUGCUUCGACUUGGUCUUCUUAUGGAGGAGAACAGGAAGAAAGCAGCUAUGAUCAUUGCUCGUAUAGAAAUUGGCGGAGUUGUGGAAGUUUCUAUGGCAGGGGAGGUAAAGAAGUGAAUCGUGCUAAUAAAGGGUAUGGUACCGGAGGCGGAGGUGGUGAAGGUGGCGGCGGUGGCGAUAAGGCUGGUGGGUCUGGUCACGGUGAAGGUUAUGGAGCUGGCGGUGGCACGGGUGGUAAUGGUGGAGGUGGCGGAGGAGGAGGUGGAGAAGGGGGAGGAAGUGGAACUAAUGGAGGGUCGGGUCACGGGAGUGGGUUUGGUGCCGGCGCUGGUGUUGGCGUUGCAAAUGGGUCCUCUGGGACUAGUGGUGGCGGAGGAGGAGAGGGUGGAGGAAGUGGUGGUGGUAGUGUGGGUGGGUCCAGUGCUGGGUCUGGCCAUGGCAGCGGUUUUGGUGGCGGGGUUGGUGAAGGAGGAGCUGGCGGCGGCGGCGGCGGCGGCGGCGGCGGCGGCGGUGGUGGUGGUGAAGGAGGUGGGAAUGGCGAAAAUGGAGGUUCUGGUCAUGGUAAAGGUUUUGGUGCCGGUGCUGGUGGUAGUGAAGGAGGUGGAGGUGGGGGUGGCGGUGGAGGUGAAGGAGGUGGUUCAAAUGGAGGGUCUGGUCACGGUAGUGGUUUUGGUGCCGGUGUUGGUACGGGAGGAGGUGGAGGUGGUGGUGGAGGAGGAGGAGGUAGUGGCUCUAAUGGGGGUUCUGGUCAUGGUAGUGGCUUUGGAUCCGGUUUUGGUUUUGGAGGUGGAAGUGGUGGUGGCGGCGGAGGCGGCGGCGGCGGUGGUGGUGGAGAUAGUGGUGGGGGAGAAGGUCAUGGCGAGGGUAGUGGGUUCGGAAUGGGAGGUGGUGAAGCAGAGGGCGUAGGAGGUGGUGUUGGGAAAGGUUACGGUGGAAGUAGUAGUAAAGGUAAUAAUAAUGGUAUGAGCAUGGGAUUUGGAAUGGGUAUUGGAAUGGGAUUUAGCAUGGGAAGUGGCGGUGGAGCUGAUGAUACCACCAAUACUAGUUCUAAUAGUGAUGAUAAAUCUACUAAUCAAGUCGACCACCACCCCUAG